GGGGGGGGCAGAUCAGCUUCUCUCUCCAAUCCAAUCCCGUCAUCCGAUCGUAUUCGGGAGCUGUACACACACGCGUAGCUGUUGUGGAUUAUAUUUGAAGAUCGGACCUGACGCAGCUCGGCGCUUCCUUACCUGCGGAUAACCGGCGCAACUUAUUGACGGAGCUACGGAUUUAAAGGGUUACAGAUGAAGCCCAAAACACAAUGUUCUCCUCCCUCCAUUCUAGAGACGUCCCGGAUCUGAGCGCCACGCACCAGGAUUUCCCGACCUCUGACCCUCUAGUGCCCCCUUGGUUUCCUGGUGACCUCGUCAUGGGCACUCCGGCGUCGGUAGUCAGCUCCCCGGCAUGGCAGGCUCCGGAGCCCCGGACCCGGAAGAAGGCCUCCGCCAACAUCUUCAAAGACAUCGACCUCCUGCAGCUCCAGACGCUGUUCCGCGCCGGCGGGGACGAGUGCGCCGAGGAGCGAGCGCAGAUCAUCUACAACUAUGCAGGAGACCGGCACAUCGCCGACGCGCUGAUGAAACUGCGAAGGAAGAAACGCAAUAAAAACGUUCAUUCUUCAUCGAGCAAACUGAGCGCUGAUGGGAUCGCAGCGCUGUCCGUGCAGAACUUCAGCAAGCUCUGCAUCAAUGAAAGUGGCCACCGAGGAAGCACGUCUUCUGAGGAGGAUUCUGACCGCUCCAAUGAAGUCGCACCGGACGAGGCGCCGGUCUCCGGAACGAAGAAACAACCGAUGGCUCAAAGAACUAAACAUGAGCUGAGGAGGCAUCAGCAGCAGAGACGGAUCUCCGGGUAUCUGCACCAGAUAAAGCGAUGAAGGACGGAGGAUGGGGGGGGGUUGUUACAUCCGGGUCAGAUAUGUGUAUAGAAAUCCAGGACUACAUGUGUCGCCCCCUCCUGGACUGGAGGAAUACAACAUAUUUAAGCACUACAGGAGGACAUCUGAUAGUUUAGAAAUGGUUUGGAACAAAGACGAUGUUUGGGGGGGAAUGUUCUCACCUUGACUACGCUGCUCAUCAACUGCGCCGAUGUUCCGGGAGCUGCCAGUCUGGGAGCUCCUCCGUCAUCUUGUAUUGUUGGUUGGCCACAUAAUUGGCCGUCUUCAUCUGUUCUCAGUGUGACGUUAUAACAAUCAGCAUGGGAAUGGCACUAAUUUAUGUUUGUUUAAUAAAGCAAUAUUAACCCCUUCCUGCCA